AUGUCUCUCAACUCGGUUGACCCAUCCCCUCCUCCGCUGCCCCUCAAUUUGGACGAGUGGCCAUCUGCACCGCCACCACCACCACCGACCACCAAUCAUUGGACAAUCUCUCCAGAAGUCGCAACCACUCCCGUUCCUCCAUCCCUUCCGUCGGAUGUCGAUUUGGUCAACACAGCAGUCGCACACCGGGCGCUACUUGUUGCAAAGGCCAAGGAGCGCCGCUUGCAGCCGAAGUCGCUCACUUGA